UGCUCAGGAUAAAUUAAAUUAAUUAAUUUAAUUAGUAAUAAAUGCAGGAACCUGAUUAAACUGAACUCGAUUUAAUUAACAAAAAUGAACGAGUUACUGCAGAGACACGGUUGUGCCAAUGUAUUUUCUGUUCCCGAAGGUCUUAAGGAAUUGAUGUCGGAUAUUACAAGAGAGGUUCUACGGGAACAACCCGAAAAGAUCUUCGACUUUAUCGCAAACUAUCUGUCUGUAUUAAUCCUUACACGGGAACAUGGCAUCCUGGCUGUGAGGAUCUUGGAUGAUCUCUGUGACUGCCGACCUUCGGUGUCGGAGCAUCUUCUACAAAUUGGUAUGGAGAGGAACCAAGCGGAGGCAUUAUCGCAGGUCAUUAAGGAAGAGAUUGAAGAGUUUGAACCGACAGAAGGAAAAGAAACAAUUAAAGAGACAUUAAUCCUAAAGAAAAUCUUAACAAGAACUGUUUUAGAUGAAGACAUGGCUGCGAAGGUGUGGCAAGUCGCCAGGAAUGCAUACCGUGAUUUCUGGUACAGAAAGAAACUGAUGGCACAACACUUAAAAGUUCAGCCAGAUGAACCCUGGGAAGUAGCUGCGGAGCAUACAUUAGCGUUAUACAAAAAAACAAAGCCCUCCUUUAGUGAAUUGACAAGAGCCGCCCAGAAAAUACAAGCAGCUUAUAGAGGAUAUCAUGUGCGCAAGAACUUGCUUCGACAUCUAAAACCGAAACUCAAAAAAUCUGGACCCAAAGUGGAAUUACUGGGACCACCAAUAGACGUGGCAGAGUCCAGGGAAAUCGACCUUGGACCUGUUAUGGAUAUAAAAGUUCGUGAGGAUAACGUAGGUGAAAUGUUCGAAAAACAUGCUGGAAAAGAACUUGGUCUUCCAUAUAAUCCGAUUAGAGCUAUUAAAGACGAUGAACAAUUUCGGGAAGAACAAAUGAGACCAACUGGAUCUAGAAUAAGCAAAGUCCAAAGUCAUGUAUCACAACUAAAGUCCAGUAAGAGCCUGGCUAAAUCAGAUGAUAUGUCCAAACAAAGUCGCGUUGAUACAGUAGCUGUAGAACCUGUGAAGAUUCGUCAUUUGAGCAUUGCACCUGAGCCGAUUCAUAUAGAUGACAUUCCAUCAGCGGCAUCGUCGGAAUCUCAGAAAAUACGUCAGCAAAACCAAAAAUCUGAAUCUAGAAUACAAAUGCAGAGAAUUUCUUUCUCAGAAUUACUAGAAAAUAUAACGCCAGAUACAUUGGACCUAAUAGAAAACGUAGCUGAAGAGGUAAAAGAUAUAACAGAAGAUACGAAAGUUAUUGCUGAAGCACCAGUAUAUGAUGCAACACUGGUAGACAUAGUUCAAGAAAUCCCCGAAGAUAUACCAGAUGAUAGAACUGAUGGUGACGGCGAAAGUGCACCGACUGCGUCAAUUCCAUCAUCGGCUCCAGAAACUGCUGAAGCUACAGACGUGGAAGAUGCAGAGAUUCUUGAUACCUCUGGAGAAGAAGAAGGAGACUAACCUAAUAUCCAAAGCCUACAAAAAAUACAUCAAUUUAUUUUUAAUAAUCCGAAACAUUUUAAUCAUAAAAGACUACGUU